UUCCUGUUAAUUUCAUGUCUUCUACAGUUAAUAAAAGAACCUGACAAAACAAAGUCACUUCCUUCCACUGGCAGACGAGUAAUUACUUCUAACAGCAACAAGAGAAAGACAGAGCUCUGAGAUGUCUUCACCCGAGUGCAUAACCUGGAUGAUUGUAGGCUUAGCCGAGUCUGUUGCCAUAGUAACACUUAACCUCUGUACGAUAAUUGUUUUUAUAAGAGACCAUCAUCUCCGCAAGCGUAGCACGUACCUGGUGAUAAAUUUGGCAGUUACAGAUUUGUUGGCUGGAGGGGUUCCUCUGUAUGUUCUGUUCUAUGGGUUUGGAGUAAUCUGUAAUGUAUGGAAGGGGCAUCCAAGUGUAUUUUUGGCAGAUUAUAAACGUAGCACGUACCUGGUGAUAAAUUUGGCAGUUACAGAUUUGUUGGCUGGAGGGGUUCCUCUGUAUGUUCUGUUCUAUGGGUUUGGAGUAAUCUGUAAUGUAUGGAAGGGGCAUCCAAGUGUAUUUUUGGCAGAUUAUAAAGUAACAAGACUACUUAUUGUUUUUCCUAGUAUGUCUUUAUUAAACAUAGCCAUUAUUGCUUUAGAGCGAGCGUAUGCGACAUUUCGGCCUUUCAGGCAUCGCCUGCUAAAAAAAUGGGUGUAUGGCCUAUUUAUUACCUUUGUUUGGGUUUUUAUGGUAUCAUUUACUUCGGUAUAUAUUAGGUACUUCGGUGCAUCUGAAUAUGGAUUUCUUGAUCUUUACUUAACGAUUGCAGCUGUCUUGUUCCUACUUUUGAUCAUUUGUGUUUCUUACUCAUCCAUUGUUAUUAAAGUCCGUUGUGGAGCGCAGCCUCAACACCAUGGUACAGCCAGUGGAGAAAGAAAACUGACCAUGACAUUGUUAAUUGUGACUGUUGCAUCUCUUCUGUUGAACCUGCCAGCUGCUAUGUUUGCUUUUCUCCUUUAUAGCAGUAAAUUUAACAUGGCCUUUUCUGUGGGUAUUAAUAUAAAAAGUGCAAUUCGGGUUUUACUUUUUGCAAACUCUCUUGUCAAUCCUAUAUUAUACGCUAUCCGCAUGCCAGAAUACAGAUCAGCUAUAGCUGCACUCUUUCGCAAAAACCCCCCACUCCGUAACCGUGAAAGGCGAGCUGUAGAUUUACCUCUUCGUGACUUGUAA